GAGCACUCAGGGCCCCGGGGCGGCAGGGCUGGGGAGCAGUGCAGCAACUGAGAGACCUGACAGCCAGUUGCAGCCGCUCUGCAGGGAAGUGGCACCUGGGAUAAAAUGAUGACCAGGCACUGGUGGCGGCUUGCCCCUCUCCUGUGGGCCCAGCCGGAGGGGGAGGAGACCCUCAGCCCGGCACAGGGCUGCCACGCAGGACCUCACACACCUGGCCACAGGUUGACUGCAUUAUUUCGAGGUCAUCUGGGCCUUUCCCUGCCUUCAGGGAAGAUCUGCCUGAGCCUGGGGAAGAGAUGAUCUUCCCAGCGCUUCAGGACCCGGGUGCCACCUCCCUGCUGGGGAUUGUCAGUGCCUGUGGCCUUCUUGCCGGCAAAUUCCACAGAUGGCAGAUCGGAACCACCCUGGAUCCUCCUCAUUCCUUGGCAUCUCUUCCUGCACAAAUUUUAAAUGGUCAAACUAUUUGUGUUUUGGUUCCUUCCAGAUUUCAUUCUCAUCUCAAGACAAAGGGUGAAGUAACCAUGCAGGCUUUUCUAAAAGGCACAUCUGUCAGUACUAAACCGUCACUGAAGGAUCGAGGAGUAGCUGCCACAGCUGGAAGCAGUGGAGAGAACAAGAAAACCAAACCUGUUCCAUGGGUGGAAAAAUAUCGUCCAAAAUGUGUGGAUGAAGUUGCUUUCCAGGAAGAAGUAGUUGCAGUGCUGAAAAAGUCUUUAGAAGGAGCUGAUCUCCCUAAUCUCUUGUUUUAUGGGCCACCUGGAACUGGAAAAACAUCCACCAUUUUGGCAGCAGCUAGGGAGCUUUUUGGGCCUGAACUUUUUCGAUUAAGGGUUCUUGAGUUAAAUGCAUCCGAUGAACGUGGAAUACAAGUAGUUAGAGAAAAAGUGAAGAAUUUUGCUCAAUUAACUGUGUCAGGAAGUCGUUCAGAUGGGAAGCCAUGUCCUCCUUUUAAGAUUGUGAUUCUGGAUGAGGCAGAUUCUAUGACCUCAGCUGCUCAGGCAGCUUUACGACGUACCAUGGAGAAGGAGUCUAAAACCACGCGAUUCUGUCUCAUCUGUAACUAUGUCAGUCGAAUAAUUGAACCUCUGACGUCUAGAUGUUCUAAAUUCCGAUUCAAACCACUGUCAGAUAAAAUUCAACAGCAGCGAUUACUAGACAUUGCUGAUAAAGAACAUGUGAGAAUUAGCAAUGAGGGAAUAGCUUAUCUUGUUAAAGUGUCAGAAGGAGAUUUAAGAAAAGCCAUUACAUUUCUUCAAAGUGCUACCCGAUUAACAGGUGGAAAGGAGAUCACAGAGAAGGUGAUCACAGACAUUGCUGGGGUAAUGCCAGCUGAGACUAUUGAUGGAAUAUUUGCUGCGUGUCAGAGUGGCUCUUUUGAUAAACUAGAAGCUGUGGUAAAAGACUUAAUUGAUGAGGGCCAUGCAGCAACUCAGCUUGUUAAUCAAUUUCAUGAUGUGGUUGUAGAAAAUGAUAACCUUUCUGAUAAACAGAAAUCCAUUAUCACAGAAAAACUUGCUGAAGUAGAUAAAUGCUUAGCAGAUGGUGCUGAUGAACAUCUACAACUCAUCAGCCUCUGUGCGACGGUGAUGCAGCAGUUAACUCAGAAUUGCUGAAAGGAUCAUUUUUGUAAGAUACAAUUUUGUAAGCUACAAGUAUGAUCUGAUAAAAAUAAAAUGACCAAAGCACCUUUAAAGUGAAUAUACAAUUUAUUUAACAUUCAAACUUCAUUAAGACAUGUGCAAUAUGGCAAUUUUACUGGGAUUUAACCCUACCUAGGAUAUGAUUGCUUGCUGGGGCUUAGCAACAGGGUCCAGUUCACACUUAGCACUAAUUAAAUACUUUAUUGAAUAAAUACAAUACCAAACAAAAUGCAUUCAAAUGCUUUCUAAAAAAAAAAAA